AUGGGCAGAGCCUGUAGCAGCAAAAGAAAGUCCCGUAAGGGCAGCACCUGCCGCGAACGCCCUAUCGACCCUCAGCUUCUGGAGACCGAAAUGCUACGACGAGAGGAAGAAGACAUCCAGGACCAGAUAGAAGCAGAGCAAGCCCAUAUAGAUGCGCACCAAGCUCGACUCGAAACAUUCCAGAUCCGCCUGGAAGACAUUCAGGCUCGCCUAGCACCAGAUGGUGUCACCCACGAGAUCGAGGAGCCCAUACCACGUAUUGACAGCAGCUACGAAGUUGAGGUUUUCCAUCCUGAAGUACCGUCUGCUAGGCGUCUGGUCAACACUGAACUUGGUAGUGAAGAUCAAGAAAGGUUUUUCUGUUUCAGGGACUGUUAUUCGGCGUGGGGUAAUGUCACCAGCGACGAAGACAUCUUGCGCAUGUCAGGAUAUUUGCGCGAGGGUACUGAAUGUACUGGCAUCUAUAUCAGAAUGGAUCUGAUAAACGAUGAGAGGUUCGAAGCUGCGAAGGAGAGUUGCACGGCGGUGAGGGUCACCUAUAACGAUGAUCGCGCGCCAGACGGCAAGCUUGUUACCAAGCCUGAAUAUCUGGCUCCUGGUGACCCCUUGCCUGUAUUGUUCAGCAAUGCGGAUGCCAAUGCGGGUUAG